AUGUUUUACAGCAGCCUACAGGCUGCAAUUUUGAAAAGUAUUUAUUCCAACGUUAAUCUGAAAGUUAAACAAGUUAUCUGUCUCAAGGCAAUUUACCGUGGCCAUGAUGUUGUCACUGUGUUACCUACUGGAUAUGGAAAGUCGGUAAUAUUUCAUCUUCUUCCUUCGUUGUUCCUCGACAAAGUCAACUGUGAACGUGGAGCAGCUUAUCCCGUAGUAAUUGUGGUUUCUCCUCUAAAUGCGCUGAUCAAAGAUCAGAUCAGAAGGCUCCGAGAAGGAAAUAUUAAAGCAGCCAUAUUAAGCAUGAGGAACGAAACAAACUCAGAGGAUUUGGAAUUGGAUUUCGGCGACACCAACCUCUCGCAGCUAAGAGAUGCGCAAUACAAAGUCAUCUUUGCACAUCCUGAAGCCUUCAUAACUUGCAAGCAAGGAAUAGAGUUGUUCCAAACUGAGAAAUAUCAAAUGAAUGUUCACGCCAUUGUAAUUGAUGAAGCCCAUUGUACUUUGGAAUGGGGAGAUGAUUUCAGGAAAGACUACUCCCAAUUGGCAAUGCUGUGUGCCACUUUUCCACAAGUGCCAGUUGUUGCAUUAACUGCAACAGCAAAUAAAGCAGAUGUCAAGGCAAUUAAGGAUUCCUUGAACAUGAAAAAUCCAUUGGAAGUGAUAGGGGAUCCAAACAGGGCAAACAUUUUUUACAAAAAGGUGUUCCGUAAAGGUGACGACAUAGACUUCUUCCAAGAACUACUCAAGCCUAUGAUAACAAGCCCCCCUUUAGCUGACGAAGACAGAUAUGAAGAAUUUCUGCAAAAAGUUCUUGUUGAAGUAGAAAAUGAGUUGUUAGAGGUAGCGCGAAGAGUGACCAAGUCGGUUCUCAGAGAACGAGGAUUUCCCGGUAUGAGUACGCUAAACUUCGAAGAGAUUGUGAAAGAAGUGGAGACGCAAUGCCCUACAGUGUUCAAGUUGUUGUCUCAGAUGAUACAACUCAGCCACAGCUAUGAUAAGAAGACAGCUCCCUUGGCCCUUAUAUAUGGAAUCAUCAUGUUUGGGAGAUGCAAAGAGUUGAGCCGUGUUCAGCGGGUCAACACGGUGCUGCUUAAUGACGGCGGUGCAAGUCAAGAG